GAGCGGGGCGCGCGAGCGGCGGAACCCCAGGACACGGCUUCCGCAAGGUCACGCUCACCAAGCCCACCUUCUGCCACCUCUGCUCCGACUUCAUCUGGGGGCUGGCCGGCUUCCAGUGCGACGUGUGCAACUUCAUGUCCCACGAGAAGUGCCUUAGGCGGGUGAGGACUGCGUGCCCCAGUGUGGCUCCCAGCAGAGUGAGGGUUCCUGUGGCCCAUUGCUUCGGUCCCCGUGGGCUGUAUAAGCGCAGAUUCUGUGCCGUUUGCCGCAAGGGCCUGGAGGUGCCUGCGCUGCGCUGCGAAGUAUGCGAGCUGCACGUUCACCUCGACUGUGUGCCCUUCGCCUGCAGCGACUGCCGCCAGUGCCACCUGGACAGGCACCAUGACCACGAACAGACCCCGCGCCCACACCAUUGGCGGGAGGGGAACCCGGUGCCUGGCGCACGCUGUGAGGCCUGCAAGCGGACAUGUGGCUCCUCAGAUGUGCUGGCUGGCGUGCACUGCGAGUGGUGCGGCCUGCAGGCCCACUCGUCCUGUUCCGUGAUGCUUGCCUCCGAAUGUACAUUUGGGCACCUGCGUUCCAUGCUGCUGCCGCCUGCCUGUGUGCGCCUGCUGUCCCGCAACUUCCGCAAAACGCAUUGCUUCCGCAUUGCUGAGGCCCCAGAACCCGGCGAGGGUGAUGCUGAGGACAGCGCUGGCAGGGAGGUGCCUGGGUCCCCAGAGUCUGGCAAGCUGACCAUGAAGAUCUUCGAUGGGGAUGACGCCUUAAGGAGGAAUCGUUUCCGGUUAGUCACCGUCUCCCGCCAGGCCAGGAGUGAGGAGGUGCUGGAGGCAGCACUGCGGGCCUACUACCUCAGCAAGGACCUGGGUGAUUUCGAGCUGCAGGCACUGCCCCUGGCCCCCCAGGCUUGCCAGACUGGCAGUUCGGCCACGGAGGGAGAGGAGGAGGGCAGCAGGGGACCCCCCGAGGCCCAGGUCCUCCGGGUGCGGCCCAGGGCCCAGGAGUCCCUCAGCAUCUACUCUGGUUGGCUCGAGGUGGGCGAGGCCUGCGUGUCUGUGCUGGUCACUAUGCAAAGCACUGUGGACACCGUGGUGCAGGAGGCACUGCAGCUGCUUGGCCGCCAGGUGGAGGAUCCCGGGAGCUUCCAGCUGGAGGAGGUGUUCAUGGGUAGCCGGCGAGUCCAACGGACAAUACUAGCCCCUGAGGAGCUCCUACUUGAGCGACUUCGGAUGAUCCGGAAGACCUCAGUGCAGCAGUUUGGCCAGACGCGGUUCUAUGUGGUGGAGGCCAGGGUCGUGGCCCCCCGGGUCUCCUUGUUCAUCGGCGGCCUCCCACCUGACCUGUCCUCUCAGGAGUACAGUGACCUGCUGCACAAAGCCAUGGCCACCAAAGCUGCCGUGGUGUCUGUGAGCCACAUCUAUGCCUCCCAAGGGGCCGUGGUACUGGACGUCACCUGUUUUGCGGAGGCUGAGCGACUGUAUAUGCUGGCCAGGGACACAGCUGUGCAGGGUCGGCCACUGACGGCCCUUGUGCUCCCAGAAGUGCUGCACACGAAGCUGCCCCCAGACUGCAGACCCCUCCUGGUGUUGGUGAACCCCAAGAGUGGGGGCCUCAAAGGCCGGGACCUGCUUAGCAGUUUCCGGAAGCUGCUGAACCCCCACCAGGUCUUCGAGCUGACUAAUGGGGGUCCUCUUCCAGGGCUCCACCUCUUCUCCCGGGUGCCCUGCUUCCGGGUGCUGGUGUGCGGCGGAGACGGCACUGUGGGCUGGGUGCUCGCUGCCCUGGAGCAAACACGGCAGCAGCUGGCUUGUCGAGAGCCUUCUGUGGCCAUCCUGCCGCUGGGCACAGGCAAUGACCUUGGUCGGGUCCUGCGCUGGGGUGCAGGCUACAAUGGAGAAGAUCCCCUGUCUAUGCUGGUGGCAGUGGAUGAGGCAGACGCUGUGCUCGUGGACCGCUGGACCAUCCUGUUGGACGCCCAGGAGGCUGGUGGUGGGGAGAAUGGUCUGACUGACCUGGAGCCCCCUAAGGUUGUGCAGAUGAGUAACUACUGUGGAAUCGGCAUUGACGCAGAGCUCAGCCUGGACUUCCAUCAGGCACGGGAGGAGGAACCCGGCAAGUUCACCAGCAGGUUCCAUAACAAGGGCGUGUAUGUGCGGGCUGGGCUGCAGAAGAUGAGCCAGGCGCGCAGCCUGCACAAGGAGCUGAGGCUGCAGGUGGAGCAGCGGGAGGUGGAGCUGCCGAGCAUCGAGGGGCUUAUCUUCAUCAACAUCCCUAGCUGGGGCUCGGGUGCCAACCUGUGGGGUUCCGACAGCGACCCAAGGUUUGAGAGGCCACGCAUGGAUGAUGGGCUGCUGGAGGUGGUGGGUGUGACGGGAGUUAUACACAUGGGCCAGGUGCAGGGUGGACUGCGCUCUGGGAUCCGCAUUGCCCAGGGCUCCUACUUCCGCAUCACGCUCCUCAAGGCCACGCCUGUGCAGGUGGAUGGGGAGCCUUGGGUCCAGGCCCCUGGACACAUCAUCAUCUCUGCCGCAGGCUUCAAGGUGCACAUGCUGAGGAAAGCCAAGAAGCCCAGGAAGGCCACUGCCUCCAGGGACAGCCAUGCUGACGGGCUGACCCUUGAAGGGGACCCCAAGUAGUGGAGCUGGUCACCAGCACCAUCUGUCCCCUGCCCAUCUGGGUGUAGGGGCCAGCCAGGUGGACAUGGUAGCUUCCAGGCCUAUGGAAACCACUGGACUCCUGGGCCUAG